GCGCCGGGAGGGCCCGGAGGAGCGCGGUGCCAGCGCCCAGCCCGGCCAUGGCCGCGCGCGGGGCCCAGCGGCCCAACGGGCACUCGCAGCCCAGUAAGAUCUGCCAGUUCAAACUGGUGCUGCUGGGAGAGUCGGCCGUGGGCAAGUCCAGCCUGGUGCUGCGCUUCGUCAAGGGCCAGUUCCACGAGUACCAGGAGAGCACCAUCGGCGCGGCGUUCCUGACGCAGUCCGUCUGUCUGGACGACACCACGGUGAAGUUUGAGAUCUGGGACACGGCGGGGCAGGAGCGCUACCACAGCCUGGCCCCCAUGUACUACCGGGGGGCCCAGGCUGCCAUCGUGGUCUACGACAUCACCAACCAGGAAACCUUUGCCCGUGCCCGGGGCUGGGUGAAGGAGCUGCAGCGCCAGGCCAGCCCCAGCAUCGUCAUCGCCCUGGCUGGGAACAAGGCUGACCUGGCCAGCAAGAGGAUGGUGGAGUACGAGGAAGCCCAGGCCUACGCUGAUGACAACAGCCUGCUCUUCAUGGAGACCUCGGCCAAGACAGCCAUGAAUGUCAACGACCUCUUCCUGGCCAUCGCCAAGAAGCUGCCAAAGACGGAGCCGCAGAGCACGAGCGGGGCCGGGGGCCGGGGCCGGGGCGUGGACCUGAGCGAGCAGAGCCCGCAGGGCCGCGGGCAGUGCUGCAGCAACUGAGGGAUCCAUGGGAUCUGAUGGGAUCUGAGCUGGGAUCUGAGCUGGGAUCCAGCCCAAACCCAGCUGGGAUUGAACCCAGAUCCACCAGGAUUGAACCCAGAGCCCGCAGGGCCGCGGGCAGUGCUGCAGCAACUGAGGGAUCCACUGGGAUCUGAGCUGGGAUCUGAGCUGGGAUCCAGCCCAAACCCAGCUGGGAUUGAACCCAGAUCCAGCCUAAAUCCAGCCAGGAUCCACCAGGAUUGAACCCAGAGCCCGCAGGGCCGCGGGCAGUGCUGCAGACUGAGGGAUCCACAGGAUUCACUGGGAUCUCAGCUGGGAUCCACUGGGAUCUGAGCUGGGAUUGAACCCAGAUCCACCAGGAUUGAACCCAGAGCCCGCAGGGCCGCGGGCAGUGCUGCAGCAACUGAGGGAUCCACAGGAUCCACUGGGAUCUGAGCUGGGAUCCACUGGGAUCUCAGCUGGGAUUGAACCCAGAUCCACCAGGAUUGAAUCCAGAUCCAGCCAGGAUCCACCAGGACUGAACCCAGAGCCCGCAGGGCCGCGGGCAGUGCUGCAGCAACUGAGGAUCC